AUGGAAAAUGGAGAAAUUCUGAAUCUUGAAGAGAAAAGUACUGAGCCGCCUGCUGCCUAUGCAAGCAAAUUGGAUCUCACGGUUACGCAAGAUGAACAGGGACAAAAUCCAAGCAAGAAGAAAACAACGUUUUCAAGGCUACUCCGAGGAUUAAAGACACACAGAAAAGAGAAACAAGCACAAACUCAAGGUUCUCCGAGGCAUGGUCGCGCAAGAAUGGGAGUACCACAAAGGGUGGAUACACCAGACAGUGUGCUACAGAGUGGAUUGGGUUUGGGACCAGAUAUGGGACAUACAAUUCUACGUUCUAUGGUGGAUCCAAGAGAUUACGAUCGAUUAAGAUAUCUACAAAUGAACGGUGGUCAGCCAAACAGCUUUGAAGAGACCAUACAUAGGUUGAAAGUUCAAGAGGCACUAAGGAAGAAGGAGCGCUUUCAUAAAGAACACGAAGAGAUACUGAGAGACAUCCGGCAAGGUUUAAUGCAGCUUGGCCGGGACGGACGGGGUCAGCUCCCUGGAGUUCGAACGAUGAAGCAACAUCUACUGAGUAUACCUGACAAAUUGGGAGUGGGUCGGACUUCUGGUUUUUUGGCAAUCAGGUCUGCCAGUUUGAAAAGUGCGUUUAAGACAAACUCCGGCAAUCAAAAGACUGAGAAGUACAAAGCCAUCCGACCUGCAGAAGUAGUAAACAAUGAAAUAGUGUGCUUUACGCUGAACCUGAGAUCAGAAAAUAGAGGUGAAGGAGUUAUUUCGCUUCGAACUGCAGGAGACAUUAGUCUCCCUCGAGAUCGUUCUAGAAAAGGAGCAACUUCCAUGAUGCGAGGACUUAUUGUACCGCAAGGUCACAAUAAUCCACCAGCUAUCAUACCACUUACGCACUCUAGAGCCUCUCGAGAAAGCGGAGAUUACGCGAGUAGCGAUGUCCAGAGUGUGAGUUUAAGACUGUCGACUGUGUCGGUGGACACGAGUAAGAACGAUUUUGUAGUAAAUGUUCUUCAACAUAAACUUUGCCAUUUUUAUGAUUUUCACAAUUAUCAAAUGUUACCACUGUCGACAAGCCGGAGUAGCGGCGAGGAAGGACUAUCGCCAAGCCAAAGCAGCGACUACGAGGAUCAAGAAGAACUAGAGAAUCAACACUCGGCCGCCGUACACACAUCGGAAGCUAGCGCUUUGCUCGAAGGCGACGCCAGAGCAGGAGUCGCAGGACGAGCAAGAAAUUUGAGGCAUGACGUACAGCGGAAAAUUUCGAGGCUCCGGCAGGAUCGUGCCUCUUCCGAGGCCUUCCCAUGCAGCGCGAGCAGCGUGGAGAGUCUUCCGAGCGGAAGUGGUUCGAGCACGCAGGCACUUGUGCGUGCAGGAAGCAAUCACAGUUCAAUAUCUUACGAGGACAGAGAUGCUAUCAGUCCGACAUCCAUUGGUCCUGUGCUUUGCAGAGCUAGGGCUUUGGUCGAUUAUACACCUAGUCCUUACGACAAAGAAGCACUGAAGUUCAAGAAGGGAGACAUCAUCGACGUGAUACAAAUGAACAAGAGUGGUCUAUGGAAGGGUGUUUUGCACAGCAGGAUAGGCCACUUUAAGUUCAUAAACGUCGAGAUACUAAACGACAGGGUUCCUAGGCGCGGCGAACCUGAAGGGCGAGGGAAGUGGGGCCAGAGGUAUAGGCAGAAACCCGGUUCCGUUCAAGAGCUCUUGCAGAGAAUGAAUCUUCAGGAGCACAUUCCUGUUUUUGUAUUGAAUGGAUACGAGGAUUUGGAGCUCUUUCGGGAAAUUGAGCCUGCGGAUCUUGAUUACUUGCGCAUACAUCAGCCGGAACAUCGAGCUAAAAUACUUACAGCGGUACAACUGUUACACGAACUCCAAUCUGGAAGCGAGGGUGAGUUAGCUUCAAGCUCAGAGGGCGACGAGGUGAGUCGACUGGUCUUAACCUCUGGCCAGACAUCCGGCCAUUGUUCACCGUUUAAUCGUCGCCAGUUCCCACGGGACUCUGGCUGUUACGACGCUCACAAGAAUCCCACCAGUCGGCGAACCGUAAGCCCAGAAUCGGCGACAAGCUCUAAGCUGCCCAGAGAAAAUAAUCUCGAUGCUACAGCGCCUACGAAGAACGUCAGCGGCAUUGGCACAGAAGGAGGCGCUGUUUCCGAUGGCAAAGAUGACUUCCAUCCUAACAUACCAAUCACUGGCAACGUAACUGCUCAAAAAGAGGGUCAGUUCGAUAAGUCACCGUUGCUGCGUAGCGGAAAUGUUCGAUUUAUCGCAAAAAGGGGGAACUUUGGCGAAACUGUGGUAAUCGAAGACGCUUGCGAAAGCGGACAGAAACUUGGGGGUGUAGCGAAGUACGUAGUUGGAAGCAGCGACCUUGGCCUUGAGGGUACCGGCAAUGUUGCUGGUCUUGGUCAAAGGGGUUGCCUGAGCGAGAAAUCUAGCGAUUCUGGUGUUAGUUCUUCCAGCAUCAGUUCAGCUCCGCCACCUAGGGAUAAAGUUCUUGCUAACGUUGCUUUAGAUUCACCCACUAAAAACUUUAGUAAUUUUACCAGAGCAUCUCCAACUUCUCAAGCAGCUAAUAAUAAGAAUCAGACUGGCGAGGCUAGUUACGAGUGA